AUGAAAAGAAUGAGAAAUAAAGGUUGGUUUAGAGCAACGGCAGCGCAGGGUUGGGCUAUCCAUUUGUUUCGAGAAUGCGGUCUCUCUCAGCCAACCCUUCCUUACUGCGACAAGCUGUUCCAGUUUUGGUCAAACCCUACAAAUCCAUUCUCUCUCGAGCAUUCCUCUUCAGCUCCCCUGCCUCCACAUCUCAUUCUCACAAUACUCAAUUUCUUAGAUCCGUCACGUUUUUCUCUCCUACUUCUCUUCGUAAUUUUAAUUCACGCGCCACCCAUCUCAACGAUGCUGGCUCUAUCGACUCUCCUCUUAUACAGUCCAUGCAGAACAAGAUAAAGGAACAACUCAAUGCAGAAUCGGUCUCCGUCAAGGAUGCUUAUGGUGAUGGUCGGCAUGUUAGCAUUGAUGUGGUAGCUACUGCCUUUGAGGGACAAUCAGCCGUUAAUAGGCAAAGGAUGGUUUAUAAAGCUAUAUGGGAGGAACUUCAGACUGUAGUUCAUGCUGUUGAUCAGAUGACUACAAGCACUCCUGCUGAAGCAGCCGCAAAGUGAUAAAGGAUCAUGAGAACAUACAUUGACUACUUAUUUAUGGGGGUGAACUAGGAGUGUUUGUGCUCUUCAUAAAUUUUUGUAUUGCUGUUUUUCUAUGAAUGAAUUCCUAAUUUUAAACUACCCUUUCAGUAUGUUGUUCACUUGCAACUGGACAUCAAUUUUCCGGUUAACACCCUCAGUUUCUAUAUUCAUUAAUUUGCAUGACAAUGCACUUGGUCAAGCAACCAAUCCUUUUCUCACUGGGUGAGGUUGUUUACAUGGAUUAAAUAAUGCCAUAAUGUUUUGUUGUAAAUCAUCUAUAGACAAAUUGCUAAGCUCUAGAUCCUUAAUUAUUUCGCCUUUA